UUGCAGGAGCAGGAGGAGCUGCAAGCGAUGGAGGACACCAUUAAUGUUUGUCGUUACCGCAGAAGUAUAGAUUAUGCGAUACUGCUUGAGUAGAGAGUACCGUGGCGCAGCCGCGAGUGAAGUGAGUAAAAGGCGCCCCGCCCUAGUUGUAAAGGCUGCCGUUGGGUGGGCUUCAGGGGAGCUUCAUCUGAGGGCCGCUGCUGCGUGGACCGUAUCCUCGCUCUUCCCAGCAAUGCCAUACGAGGCCCUUAGUGGGUGUUUUCCCUCGACCCCCGGUGUGCCUGGGUUUUGCGGGCGAAACGCGAAAGUGGGAUGAUGACGAGUUGGAUGGUCGCUGUAGAACCUGCCCUGCUUGUUGAGGAGUUCGGGAUCUGGGGUUAGGCGUUGAGAGUGACGCAGCUCGGAACGUUUGUUGGUUUUUUUUUGGUGUUUCGGAAGCCGUUUCUUGCAGUGUGUUGCGGAAUUGUGCCGUGUGGAGAGUCUCUGUAUUUUUGAAUCUGCGUCGUGUGUGUGGGGUUUUUCUUGGAGGUUGUGGAUUCGAAGGUGCGAAUGUCUGGAGCUCCAGGGCGUCCGGGUGGAGUGAAUCUCAUUGUUGGGUCGGUGAAGAUGGAAUGGGAGCACUAAGUGGCAUGGGGUGUACAUUCAGGUCCCCGGAGAUCUUAACGCAUCUCUUGAGGACGCAGGCAUUAGUUUGUAAACAUGUGAAUGUCACUCGUAGAUCAGCCGUCUAGGCCGGCCGCUAGAAUUCGCACAGAAAGAGGCGGAUUUAAAAGGGCACGCAGAUGCUGGGAAGUGUUUAUAACAGCAGAUGAAGAGAGGUCCUGUGCAAUGACUGCUCCAGCGUCCAUGCCCGAAUGGUCUUCGCCUCAACCGUAUUCCCGGCCUCAGAGUGAAAUUUUUACUUAUGAGAAGGUGCUUGUUGUAUUGGACGGCUCAAGACAAAUCACCAAGUAUGCUCUGGAAUGGGCUCUCAGCAAUGUUUUGGUCAGGCCCGGGGAAUCUAUCACUGUACUUGCUCUUCACGCCACGGGAAGCCAUGGCCCUGUGCGAAGAAUAUGGGGGUUUCCCAUGUCGCUGCAGAUGUUGGGAGGGGAUUGUGCAACUCCUCGUGUUCUACGCGGUGUAAUCGAUAGCUCAAGGGGAGCAAAAGAGGUGGAUGAAGAAAUAAUCGAGGGUUGUACUUCCAUGAUCCAGCACUUUCAGGAUGUGUGCAAUCAAAAGAAGAUUGCCAUCGACGUGAAGGUUCAGGAAGUUGAUGGUCGAGAGGCUCCAGCUAUAGAGGCCAGGAGCUUAGGUGCCACUUGGGUUGUUCUUGAUAAGCAUUUGAAGAAAGAGGCGAAGGUUUGCAUGGAGCUUUUACAAUGCAAUAUUGUUAUUGUGAAGCCUUCAGAGCCUAAGAUAUUACGGCUGAACCUGAAGCGAAAUUCACGAAUCCUUGAGUCUCCAGCUAGACAGUCUGGGCAACAACCAGCACCAAUAGUACAGGAGGAUUCUAGGGUGUAUGAUUCCUCGAAAGCGCCAAGUCACGUAUCUUCAAUUUCUGCCGCUGCCAGAAACGGGCCCCAUUCACUGCUGAAAACGAGCACACCCUCAAGUAGCCCUGAUGAUACCAUGACACCUUUCACUCCUUCUGAACCCUGUACCUCAUCGAAAUUAAGCUCGGACACCUCACCGUGUCAAGCUUCGGGUCCACUGUCAAAUAAUGGCUCGUCUACAGAGCUUGUAGUUCGUGGGGGCAUCUUGGAAGCUACAGCUACAAGAGCUUUAGAGAAGGGUGCCUCUUUUAGAGCAUUUUACCCUGAUAUAGGUGAUGAAAUCGUCGUGCCCGGUAUGUUGAGCAUGGAGUCCUCGCCAAACAGCAUAUUGCAGAAAUCUAAUCAAGGCGAUUCGCGAGCUCCACUAGAUUAUUCCAGGUCACCUGCAGGCAUCCGAGGUCUUGCGCAAUCGAGAGACAGCAUUCCAACACUCAGACCGGCGUCCAGAAACGGUUCCAGAGCUAAUUCUCGGAGGGGAUCGCCUGCGAAAACACCGACGGUAGACUCUCCUGCGAAAUCGGCAAGUAUUGCCAGGCGCGAGUCAUAUGAGGGUAGAGGUUCUAGUGUAAAGAGAGAAAACACACUUGGUCAAAGCCUUCGGGCAAUUUUGCAGGAAAAUGCAGAUCAAGAUUGUGCCGCCUCUGAUGGAGGGUCACCUUCUGGGUACAAUGGGGACCACGAACCUUGUUAUACAUCUCCUGAGAGAAGACUGAAGCGCGGGAAGGCUGAUGCGUUAAUGAGGCAGAAGAUGGCUAUCAUGUUAAAUAAACACAAUCUUCCAGGACCUCCACCUUUGUGCUCCAUGUGUCAGCACAAGGCCCCCAUGUUUGGAAAACCACCCCAGAGAUAUAGCUACAAGGAGCUUGAGGUUGCAACAAAUGGCUUCUCUCGGUCCAACUUUCUCGCCGAGGGCGGGUAUGGGUCGGUCCACAGGGGUGUCCUUCCAGAUGGGCAGGGCAUAGCAGUGAAGCAAUAUAAGCUGGCCAGCACGCAGGGUGACAAAGAGUUCUGUGCAGAGGUUGAAGUCUUAAGUUAUGCUCAGCAUCGGAAUGUGGUGAUGCUCAUUGGUUACUGCAUUGAAGGAAAGAGACGUCUCCUCGUGUAUGAGUUCAUCUGCAAUGGAUCACUGGACGGGCAUCUUUAUGAGCGAGACAGGCCUGUUUUGGAGUGGAGCUCGCGCCAUAAGAUAGCUGUUGGAACAGCUCGAGGUUUAAGAUAUUUGCAUGAGGAUUGUCGGGUUGGUUGUAUUGUGCACAGAGACUUGCGUCCCAACAAUAUUCUGCUUACCCACGACUUUGAACCUAUGGUGGGAGAUUUUGGACUCGCAAGAUGGCAGCCAGACGGACAUUGUGGUGUGGAGACCAGGGUUAUUGGCACUUUCGGGUACUUGGCUCCAGAAUAUACUCAGCAUGGUCAGAUUACAGACAAGGCAGACGUGUAUUCGUUUGGUGUUGUGCUUCUGGAGCUUAUCACGGGUCGCAAAGCUAUUGACAUCAACCGUCCCAGAGGGGAGCAGUGUUUAACAGAAUGGGCAAGGCCCUUGUUGGAGGAAAGAGGUACUCUUCCAAUAGAUCCACGGCUCGAGAAACGCUUUUCGGACACCGAAAUGGAAAGCAUGUUGCAUGCGGCAUCAUGUUGUAUACGCAGGGAUCCCUCAGUUCGACCGCGUAUGGCACAGGUCCUGCGGAUGCUUGAAGGGGAGAUGAUUUUCGAUGCAAAUAGUUCUCCUGCUUCAGGAUAUUUUGCUGGAAGAUUGAACAACAAUCACAUGACUUAUUAUCCGGUGGCUGGGCCUGCCCCCCGGGAAGAGGUGAAAUAUCCGAAUUUUGUGAGCCCUCAAAGUGAGUACAAUUCAAAAUAUUCGUCUCCCAACAGGAAAAACGGUAACCUGCCAUAUGGCCCUAUGAUUUCAAGCCCCAAAGUAAGGCAUAGUUCAGCCACAAAAGACUCCAUCAAAAAGCUACCAGUGGUAGCUUCUCAUCUUGGCCAAGACGGUCAAAAGCUGAGCUACGAAGCUCUAAGAGCUGCCUACAUGGAUAAGGUUUCUCCACAUCAUGUGACAGCGUCGGCCUAUGAAAGUUACCAACUUGGAAAGGAUUUUUAGUUGCUUUCCAAGUGGUUGCAUUGUCUUCUAUUGGGAGCGGUUCAAUAGAAGGGUGUUUCGGAGAGUGAGUUUUGGAGACCAGGCCUGGUCUGGUCUGGAUGAGGCUCUCGGUUAUUUGUUUAUAUUUACAUGAGUAUGGCAUACCCGAUGAACAUUGUACAUUGCUUUUGCAACCAAGGUACAGGUGUAGUGGACAAGCCGGGAGGUGAAAUUGUAGAUAAAUCCCUUAAUACUCUGACCCCUUGAUAGGAUUGAAGACACCUAUUCAUUUAUGUCAACUGAUCUCAUGGCCCAGUCUUUGAGUCACCUUACUAGAAGGUGUGAUUCAGAGUACGCAGAUUCCAAUAAAAUAUCCCUGCUGCUACUGUGGGUGUAUUACGAUAUGGUGAUCAAAAUAGUCCAACUCGGUGGGGACCAGCAGUGGUUGGUUGAUGCUGCUCACGAGGAGUCCAUGAUAGUCUGAUGCCUUAAUAACUUGCCAGGGUAGGACUUGUGACCGCAA